UUAUUAAGAGCACUUGCUGGGCUCGGUCACUUUUAUUAUUGUAAUACGCCAGUGAAAACAUUUUUAAGAAAUCUUAAAAACGAAACGAUGGAGCGUUGGGAAAACCAAAUAGCUGUUAUCACAGGUGCUAGUUCCGGCAUCGGCGCGGCAAUAGCAAAGUAUCUCGCGAAUAACAAAAUGGUGACUGUUAACCUGGAUAUGAGUAUUGAAUGCUACCAAGCACUGCUUGCUGAGCUAAGCCCGGACUUAGUAAAACGUAUGCACUGCAUUAAAUGUAAUGUACGCGAAGAAGUUGAAAUUAAGGCAGCAUUUAUAGAAAUUGAGAAAAAUUUUGGACCUGUAUCGGUGAUGGUCAACAACGUUGGUAUGAUAACGAAAACCAAGCUAUUGACUGAAAAUAAUUCAGAGCAUUUAGUUAAAAUGCUCGAAACGAAUGUCUUAGCUGCGAUUUAUUGCACACGCGAGGCAUUUCGUUCGAUGAAGGCGAACCGUAUCGAUGGACAUGUCUUUCUCAUGAACAGUAUCUGUGGACAUAAUGUGCCAUUAAUGCCGAAUAACGUUAUGAAUCUAUACCCAUCUACGAAAUUCGCGAUUACCGCGCUCACGGAAAUGUAUCGGCAAGAGUUUUGGGAUCAGAAAACAAAAGUAAAAAUAACGAGCAUCAGUCCUGGCAUUACUACGACGUCGCUCGCGAAAGGCCUUGAUGUGCCGCCGCAUACAGCCACUCUCAAACCGAAUGCUGUGGCGGAUGCAUUAAUUUAUUGUCUACAAACUCCACCGGAUGUGCAAAUCCAUGACUUGAUUAUUAAGCCAAUUGGAGAAACGUUUUUGUAAAGCUUUUGUUAAAAUAAACUAGAAAGAAGUAUAGAAAUACUCAACGCAAUGUUGGUGAAAGAUAUACCAAAA